AUGGAGGAUGAUGACUACAUCAAGCCUGGCUUCGACCCGGCCACUUUGACCAUGCCUAAGCUCCGAUCCAUUCUCGUCGCGCAUGGAGUCAACUACCCUUCGUCUGCCAAGAAAGGUCAACUGGUCGAGCUCUUCAAUGAGACCGUGCUGCCUCAGGCCCGCAGUAUCCGAGCAGCAAAUGCGCGCGUCAGGCGUACCAGCAGGGGUAUCGAGGAUGUCGCCAGCAGUCAAGGGACCGCAAAUGAGGAUGAAGAGGAAGACGAGACAGUGCGAGUGCGACCAGCGACAGUAACCAGGGCUUCUCGUCGAAGCACCCGCGCCCGCACUGAAGAGCCCGAGGAGGUUGCACCGACGCCGCGCGCGGCACGACACAGCACUGCACCGCUUGAGGAACAACCGGGACAGGCAUCUGUCAAGCAUGCGCGCGCUGUGCCUGAGCUUCAGGAGGAGCCGCAGUCGAAGAGAGCAGCGCCAGUCAGGUCGCGACAGAGUGCCGUUACCCCUGCCACAAAGCGCGAACCUAGGGAUGACGAGGGUCCAUUUUCUGCCGACAAUGUUUUCCAGUCUGGCAGCUCUCCGCCACCGCCCUCGCGCAGUCGCGACACCGAGCGCAGACGGACGACUAUGACGACAGCUCGUAGCACAGAGAGACGUGCGAGCAGAGACCGGCGACGGGUCACAGAGAACGUCCGACCAGUGCGCGAGCAGAGAGAUGGUGCAACUGUCCCUACACGCAGAACGUUCGAUAUGCCUGUAACACGGGUCAAGAAGGAGGAGGACGUUGUAGUUCAGCCGAAUGAGGAAUUUACGCCGGAGGAACACAACGAGCUGGUACAGGCAGAGCAGUCAGGUGAGCUCGUGCCAGUGCCUCGCAAAGCAAGACGUCCUGCAAGUACUGCAGCGAAGACUGGGCCGGCAGCAGUGAUCACGGCACUGCUUGUUGGCCUGGCUGCACUCUGGAGACAGGAGAAGCUUGAAGUGGGCUACUGUGGUGUCGGCUCUCCUUCGACAGACAUAGCAGGACUAGAGAUUCCACAAUGGGCAGAAGUGGCAAGACCGCAGUGCGAGUUGUGCCCUCAACAUGCUUACUGUGGUGACAAGCUGUCCACGGAAUGCGAGCCAGGCUUCGUGCUUACCCACCAUCCACUAUCUUUAGGCGGACUCGUCCCACUCCCGCCAAGCUGCGAGCCCGACAGCGCAAAAGCCCGCAAAGUCAACGCAGUCAAGGAACGUGCCGUCGAGCAGUUGCGCGAGCAAAACGCCAAGUUCGAGUGCGGUGAAGCACCAAAACCCGAGCUUAAGGAGCCUGAACUCAAGUCCAAGAUCAUCGCCAGCAAACGCAAGAGCAUGUCAAACGAGGAAUUCGAGGACCUCUGGGCUGCCGCCAUCCCAGAGAUCCAAGGCACGGACGAAGUCAUCAGUGGUGCAGAUGGAUCCGGCCACUUCACACUCCGCAGCUCAUCCCUCGCCCGCCUCCCACUCACCUGCGCCGUCCGCCGAUCCCUACGCGAGACGCUUAGACGAUAUUUUUGGCAGGUUGUAGGACUGCUCCUUCUGGCUUCGUCGGGGACCUAUGGUCGUUAUCGCAUCACUAGUGGUCGUGCGACGGAGCAGAAAGCCAAGGUUCUGGCUUCGAGAGCUUUAGAGCUGUUGAGCCAGCAGGCUGCGUUACAUGCUUAUGAUCCGGACAGCUAUGGCGAGAAUUGUGUGAGUGUUGCACAGCUGCGAGACGAUGUUUUGCGGGAUGAGUUCAGUGCGAGCAGGAGGAAGAUCUUGUGGGAGAGGGUGCAGAGGAAGGUGGAGGGGAAUAGUAAUGUCAGGCCGAUGGUCCGCGAAGGCAGGACUGGGGAUGUUGGUAGAGUGUGGGAAUGGGUUGGGGCUGUUGGGUUGAUUGAGGGUAGUACGCCUAGUACUGUCGAGAAGAGCGGGAGGAGAAAGAGUGGUAACAGGGUCUCGUUUGGUGGUGUGACCGAGGAGAGGUUGAUUGAGGAUCGCGGCGAGACGUCUGCCAAGCGGGAGGAAGGCAGGCAGUACUAUUGA